GAAGCGUCGAGGCUUCAGACGCUGCUGUCAGGCUCGGUGGGUUUACUGGUUCCGCAGCUGCCGUCUGCUGCUCGUUGGCCAAACAGUGGUGAAUCCUGAAGUGAGUGUCGAGGCGGAACCAUGGCCACAGACCAGGAGCCCACGUUCAGCAUCAAGCUCCUGCAGCUGGUUCUGCUCUCCACCUACUGGGGCAUGCAGAUCUGGGUCACCUUCAUCUCAAGUUUUGUGAUGGACAACCACCUGAACCGACACACCUAUGGGUUCAUUCAGAGCCGCCUGGUUCCCUUCUACCUGCACCUGGGCUCAGCCUGUGCCUUCUUCAACCUCUCCAUCUUUGCUGUUUAUCACCCCAGAGACCUGCUGGACGACAGAGAAGCUUUUCAGAUCUUCAUCUUCUUUGUGUCGGUGACGGUGGCUGCUGUCAACGCUCAGUGGUUUGGACAGAUGACCUCGGAGAUCAUGGCUGACAUGCACCUAGUGGAGCAGGCGUGUGGUCUGGGUCUUGACAUCGGUUUGUCCUCCAACCGCGAGGCUUACGCCAAACUGUGCGAGACGGACGUCAAGUACAGACACCUGAGCAGCCGCCUGUGGCUCUACAGGCUGCUAUCGUCGCUGUGCAACUUCUGCUGCAUCGGCUGCAACUUCUACAGCCUGUGUUACACCGCUGAGAACCUGGCCACUCUGUGAAGGAACUCCGGGCCACGUUUUGUACGAUUGCAGUAAGUUAUGUAUUUAAAAUGUCUCCUCUGACUCCAGAGUCGGAAAAAAAGGUGUUUUGGGCUGUUUUAUUCUUAUGAUAUUGUUUUGUAUCUUUGGUGCUUUAUGUCCUAUGUAGACAUAUGGGGUCUCAUAAACGGAAUGAAGGCACAGGGGAUGUUUUGGAACAAACAGAUGUGAAGGUGAGAGGGUCCUAAACUUGCAGUUUGCUUCACAUCCGGAAGUGUGUCAGGAAUCAAACUGAAUUCCACUGAAAAAAAAAGUCUGGACUGAAGUCUAACGCUGAUGGUUAUGAGAACAUGAUGUGCAAAACAGGAUGAAAUCAUUUCUGGCACUAUGACAUUCAGGACAAGGCUACGCUAAUUAUUUUAAGGAACUGAGGCAGGACUGUGACUUCAGAGACUGUAACAAGGGCCUAGCUCGAGAGGAAGACCUGCCAAAGGUGGGUCUGGUUUUCAAAGAUGCAACUAAGGAAAGCAAAAUAAGCCAAAAGGAACACAUUUGUAGGUCCUUCAACUACACGUUGAACAGGAAUUGAUGUGCAAUGCAUGAAAAUGGAAAGGCAAUAAUAAGAUAAGGGUCCUGCGUAUUUAAAUGUUUUGUUUUUGUGUUACUUUGACUGGGCAAGUGAAAGUAGUGCACAGCAUCCAGGUGUGCUCUGGAUGAGAUUGCAGUUGUCCACGUGUAAAGUCUCAUGAUGUAGAGGAGCAUUCGAUCACCAAAAUACGUUCAAACGUUAUGAGCUCAAGCUCAUCCAACUUGUGUAACUUUGUUGGCUGUGUUGGAGCCACAUGCACCAUGUUUGUCUUGAAACCAAAUGUGCCUGAAUAUGUCUCAUAUGGAGGAUAAGCAACGCCUCACUGACGUAGUCGUAAAAGAUGGCGCUCAGCAGACCAGGAAGCUGAAGUGGAGUUGCUGGUGUCGCCACUUCUGUGUGGUGAUCCGGAGGGAAUGAAGGGAAACACUUAAGUUUGUGGAGGCUUGUAUGGACCAUUGUUAGUUUGUGUGUCAAAUGUUGAAAUGUCCUCUCUUGCUUUUUUUAUUUUGUUGUUCAAUGCAAACCUAAGAGGAAGACGUCAGCAGGUCUUCAGGGUCAGCUCUAUGUGCAAUCACAAUGCAAACUCUCUUAAGCUUUACUUUUGUACCUCCAUCUCAGCUAGUGUGUUUUCUUGUGCAGCUGUGAACACCAGUGGGGACGAACAGUGAGGGUCGUGGGUUUAUAAAGGUUUUAUAUCAAA